GUCGAAAUCAGGGCGACCGCGGACGAAAAUUUGGGAUGAAUUUGACGACGAUGCUGCGCUAGCGGCAAAGCGGUACUGCCGCUGCAAGUGGUGCGGCGUUGAAGUCAAAGCCGAUGCAGCUCGCAUGUACAAUCACAUCGUGGACAGGUGCCCUCGCGUUGAAGAGGCCUUGCGCGAAGCGUACAGGUCUCGUCCGAGAAAAACAGACAGCGCGGUGGGCAUCACAAGCGACAUGGACGAGGAAGGAAAGGAUCCAUGUGUCUAUGGGUCCGCGGACGUAGGAGGGCGCCAUGGAGGUGGCAAGUCCAAGGGUGGUCGGCCAAAGGACCCGAUUUGGGACGAGUUUACGACCACCGACGAGCUGCGGAAACGACGGUACUGCAUGUGCGUGUGGUGCGAAAAGGAAGUCAAGGGCGACACGACUCGCAUGACGACACAUCUGGUGGAACGCUGCACCGAAGUGGAUGCGUCGGCAAAAGCCAAAUACACCGUCAAGCACCGCAAGCUUGACGACGACACUAGCGUCGACCACGUCCUUGUCGCGUUGGCACCGUCCACCAAUGUCACCAUGACGAGUCCGCAGCCCAACGCAUCCCGAGAGCCCAUUUCCCCGGUGGUCGGGAUGACUCGAGAGGUGGUGAGUCCUUCCCGUGAAGCUGCCUCCGCGGUCGAUGUCGCGGCUCUUGGUCCGUUCCCGCCACCAUCUCCACCUCUCCCCCACCCCUCGUACCCUGCGCCCCGUCCACUUGAACCCCCCGGCAGACCCGACACGAUGCAACAACAGCAGCAUGCUGCAAUGUUGAGCGAGUUGGGGCUCCAGGACAUCAACCCAGGAGUGUUUGGCGGCGGCACCUGGUUCGGCCACGGCCCCAUGAUCACAGUGAUAAACCCGUCCACCAACCAAGCCAUCGCGUCCGUUCGAUCAGGCACUGCCAAAGAGUACAUGCACGUGGUCCAGUCCAUGGACAAGGCAGCGCCAUCCUGGCGACAAGCGACCGCGGCGCAUCGCAGUCGAGUGGUGCGCCACAUCGGCGACGUGUUUCGAUCCCACCACCAACGCCUGGCUAAUGUGCUGGCGUUGGAGUCGGGUAUCGUCCAACGUGACGCGAUGACGCUGGUGGCCAACAUGAUCCGGCGGUGCGACGACGCGGCGGCGGCGGUGAUCGUCCACUCCGUUACAGCCUCGACAAUCGCCGCCGUCCAUGACUGCGCCGAAUCCCGCCCACUCAACACCAUGCAGAUUGUGCAACUGGAACGCUUCGGUCCGUUGGGGGGGCACGUGGGUCUUCUCACGCCCGCUCACUCCCCGACGUGGACGGGCGCCAUGGCGCUGGCAUGCGGCAACGCCGUGCUGUGGAAGCCGUCGCUUAGCCUUAUUGCGAUCGCCAUCACGCGGCUGAUUGCGUCCGUGCUACGAAGUCACGGGUACCCCCCUGCCUGCGCUUCGUUGAUUUGUGGCAGUGGCGCCGACGUGGGGGCGUGUCUAGCGCGAGACAAGCGGAUGGCCGUCGUGUGCUACCAAGGAUCUGUGGAGCAUGGCCAUCCAGUGGGCGUGGCGGUGGCGGGCCGCCUCGGCACAUCCAUACUGGAGCUCGACGCUCACAAUGCGAUGGUCGUGCUCGCCGAUGCCAACGUCGACGUCGCGCUUCGGAUGGUACUGCUGGCCAUGGGUAUAUAUAUAUUUAUAUAUUAGAACGAACCAACGACCUGUGAACGAACGAACGACAGGUCGCCGCGUUCUGAGGCACGUGUACGUGCAUGUCGACAUAAGCGAUCGCUUUUGCCGCCUUCUCACGUCGAGGUAUCAGGACUUGGUUGUCGUCGGCGAUCCCUUCCUUGCCGCAACGACAUGCGGCCCGUUGCGCAAUCUCCAGGCGGUGCAGUCGUUUUCGAAUGCCGUGAAUGCCGCCAUGUCGUACGGUCAGAUUCUCUGUGGAGGCAAUAAUCAUACCAUGGACCGAUCGGGCAACUUUGUCGCCCCCGCGGCCGUCUUGGUCGACGAUAUCCUGCCUUACGUACAAGUACAUGAAGAAAGGUCAUGAUGAAGACAUCUAGCUGAUUGUGACUGUAGGUGGACACUCACUUGCCUAUCACGUUCGUUUCCAAGUUUCAAAGCCUCGAGCAAGUUCUGGAACAAAGACUUGUGUUGUUUACGCAAUCCCCCAUGGAGGCGGCACUCUGCUACACUGGAGCCAACGUUGUGGGCGUCAACUGCGAGUUCCCAAGCGGUGGCGACGCGUUUGGGUCAUGGAACGACUUCGUGCGGCGGACGACAUGCACGGUGAACAUGACCCACGACCACCAGCACAAGCAGCAGUCGGUCGGCGAUCCGACCUCCCCCAUCGCAACUAGUAACAAAGUACACAUCGUUUAAUACAUAUGUAUGCCCA